CCUCAUUCAUUUUUCUUUAGCGCAUGCCUGAAUUCAGUGAGAAAAGAGGCGCGCCACCGGCAAUUAUUUAUACCCGUUUCUGCUAACGGAAACCUAACCUUCACCGGAAAUGAAAAGAUCAAGACCUCAAUUCCCACUCUCCACCCCCGCCAAAUCACCACCACCACCACUGUCCCCUCAAACGCCACCGCAAACCAUCAAAAUCACCUCAAAAAAAUUAAAAAAGACACUCGUAACUUCCGCAGCAACAAACUGGACCCGGCUCAACCUAACCCAAUCAGAACUCUCACUCCCACUCACAUUCCCAACAGGCCAAACAUUCCGCUGGAAACAAACAGGUCAAAGCCAAUACACCGGAGCUCUCGGCCCCCAUUUAAUCUCUCUCAAACACCGAAACGACGACGUUUACUACUAUAUUCACAAUUCUCCUUCACAAUCCGCCGCUGAAUCCGCUCUCCUCGACUUCCUCAACGUUAACAUUUCUCUGACCGAUAUGUGGGCCGAGUUCUCGGCGUCUGAUUCCCGUUUUGCUGUGCUUGCAACCCAUUUGAAAGGGGCUAGGGUAUUGAGACAGGAGCCGUUGGAGUGUUUGAUUCAAUUCCUUUGCUCUUCCAAUAAUAACAUUACAAGGAUUACUAAAAUGGUGGGUUUCAUUUCCUCUUUGGGUAAUUAUUUGGGAAAUGUUGAGGGUUUUGAGUUUUACGAGUUUCCCAAUUUGGAUAGAUUAGGUUUGGUCACUGAGGAUCAGCUUAGAGAAGCUGGUUUUGGUUACAGGGCAAAAUAUAUUACUGGAACUGUAGAUGCUUUAAGAUUAAAACCCGGAGGAGGCAUAGAAUGGCUUGCGGCUCUUCGUCAUUUGGAGCUUCAUGUGGUGAUUGAUGCACUUUGUACAUUACCUGGAGUUGGUCCCAAAGUGGCAGCUUGUAUAGCUCUUUUUUCACUGGAUCAACAUGAUGCUAUUCCUGUUGAUACGCAUGUCUGGAAGAUUGCUACAAGAUAUCUCCUACCCGAGCUUGCUGGUGCGCGCCUGACACCUAAGCUAUGCAAUCAAGUGGCAGAUGCAUUUGUAAGCAAAUAUGGCAAAUUUGCUGGAUGGGCACAAACUUUACUUUUCAUUGCGGAGUUGCCCUCACAAAAAUCUUUGAUACCAUCAAAUUCUUGGACUACCAAAAAGACCAAAUCUGCUAAUAACAAAGACGAUGAAGCAGGCAGUGAACAGAACCAUGGACUGAACUGCGUUAAAGAUAUCUUCGCAAGCAAAGAGUAUGGAAAAUAAUUUUUGAUGGCAUGUGAACUAUUUGCUGGAGGGUGAUGUUUAGACCAGGCACACUUACAGGGGACUUGAUUAUGGUCAUUUCAAAUGCUGUGAAAGUAAUUCAAAGACAAGGAACUAACCACCGGAUCAGGAGCAUCGGAUUGUUUACACAUCACCCAAGGGACACCGGUAUCGAGCGCCACUGACAUGUUUGCAGCCCAGCGAACAUAACUUGGUCCUUUCUCGUGAAAUGCUGCUUCAACGUUCUCGUACUCGUUCUCAAUCUGUAUGCGUACAAUUUUUAGAUUAUUGUGAAGAAUAUGUUUUGCUGGGAAAAUAGUUAUGCAAGAGUUUGCCAUUGCCGGAACCUGUGAAAUUAUUAUUGGCCCUCCUUGUGAAGCGUACAAAUUGUUAUACUUCAUCAUGUUUACUAUUUUGGUGACAAACCUUUCCAUGUGCUUCUGCCAUUAUAAAAUGUCAAAUUGGAGUUAGAAAAAAAUCUGCUGUUCAAUAUUCUAAUUCUGUACAGUGACCAGUAAA